CUUGGAUAAUCAGAGUGAAUCGAGAAGGAAACUACGAGUUAACUGAAAUAAGAUUGGCGAGAGAACUUCAUCUGAGGAGGAAAAACCAACCAAUCCAAGACAGGAUACCUGAUACCACUACAAUACAGCAAGGAGUGUUGGUUCGUGAAUCCAAGUUUAUUUAGUGCACCAGGGUCUGCUGAGCGACAGUCUUCUCCCGCCAAGAGGUUACAGCGGUUUCUCGUAUCAACAGAAGCACCAAGAUGGCCGACUUAAGUGAGGAAGAGAAGAGGAAGAGGGAGGAGAAGGAAAGGAAGAAGGCUGAUGUGCGGAAGCGCCUGGAGGAGGCCGCUAAGGCCAAAAAGGGCAAGAAAGGUUUCAUGACACCAGAGCGUAAGAAGAAACUGAGGCAACUGUUGAGAAAGAAAGCCGCCGAGGAGUUGAAAAAGGAGCAGGAGAGGAAAGCUGGAGAACGUAAAAAGAUCAUUCUUCAGAGAACGGGACAACCAAAACCAUUAGAUGGAGUUAAUGAACCAACGCUUCAAGCUAUCUGUAAAGAGUAUUACGAACGUCUUAAACAGCUGGAAAAUGGCAAGUACGACUUGGAGUACAACGUGAGACAAAAAGAUUUUGAGAUCAACGAACUUACAAUCCAAGUGAAUGACUUGCGUGGAAAAUUUGUAAAACCAACUCUGAAGAAAGUAUCGAAAUAUGAAGGAAAGUUCGAGAAGCUUAAGGCUAUUGCCAAGAACACUGAGAUGGAUUACCGUGCCAACCUGAAGAACGUCAGCAAAGACAAGUUCAAACUUGGAGAAGAGAAAGAAUCAGAACGACCAGAAUGGGCUUUUGGGAAGAAGAAAGAAGAGAAAGUGGGAGGAGAAGGUGAGGAAGAAGAGUGAUUCAGACGUCCCGAAACUCUUAGUCAUAAGAAAUCUUCAUCUUUCAGAUGUUAAUACACUGUGAAUAGAAAGUGAUCAGUAAGGAUUCGUAAUUCAACAGGUGUUCUAAAAACGUUGUAAUAAAAAGAACCAAAGCUUUAUUCAAGACGUAAUUGUUCUCCACAAAGCAAUAUUAAU